ACGGCGGUAAUCACUGAUCAAACUCCAGCUCAGCCAGGUCAUUCAGCCUCCACGUCAGCAGGAUCUCCAACCGUUAAUGGGCCUGCACAAACGGCGGUAGCAGGUAGCCAUCGCUCACAGCGGGCUCGCAGGUUGCCCACGGCACCACAGCUUCUGGAGCGCCGGGUCGCAUUUCCGGGUUUACGAUACCGGCAAUC